GUCGCGAAUACUCGUCUGCGCCGUACUGCCCGCGCCGCCCCGAACGUCGCGAACCAAGUGCUAAACUUUCGCGCCAACAUUUAAAUUCCGAAUUUCGAUAUUUUUGUCUGUGCAUGUGUGAGUGACGUCAUGAACAAGUGAUGCUUGUCGAUCCUAAAGACGAUUGCAAAAUGUUUCUGUGUUUUUGUCUCGUUAUUUGGAGCGCUCUUUCGCCGGCUCAGGCCCAAGCUGAUCGCCGCUGCGGGCACCCUGCUGUGCCUCCAAACGCCAGGGUGUCACUACCUUCGGGAGACAUAGAGCCUGGCACCAUCGCCACAUAUGAGUGUGAUGAUGGAUACGAGCUUUUCGGGGCGCAUCAACGGGAGUGCACGCUGAGAGGGGACUGGACCGCUGAUGUGCCGUUUUGUGGUACGAACGUGGCGUUCAGAAAGCCAGCCAACCAAUCGACCACGGUUCGCGGAGGCGCCGCAGCGAACGGCAAUGAUGGAGAGAAGACGACAGAACAUGAUGGCAAGAGAUGCACCGAGACCCAGAGGGAGGCGUCCCCUUGGUGGCAAGUUGAUCUGCUCAGACAUUAUGCUGUCAAAGUCGUCAGGGUCACCACUAGAGGAUGUUGUGGUCAUCAACCCCUGCAAGACCUGGAAAUCAGAGUUGGCAACAGCAGCACGGAUUUACAAAGGAACCCGCUUUGUGCCUGGUUUCCCGGAACAAUCGACGAGGGUAUAACAAAGACGUUCACGUGCGCUCGGCCGUUGGUAGGACAACACGUGUUCCUUCAGCUAGUAGGAGUUGAGGGCUCUCUGUCUCUAUGCGAAGUCGAAGUAUUCACUACUGAAGAAUUCUCGAACGAUCGCUGUGCUCCGACCAGCGCUCCUGCGGACAUCGAACUGGCUGCCUUCUCAAGGAACUGUUAUGAGUUCAACGUGGCCAAGGGGAUGUCCUUCGAUGACGCCAGGAAGCAAUGCCAGACGCAUGGUGGAGACCUCAUCCAUGGAUUUCAGGGUGCCACAGCAAGUUUCCUGAUCCAAGAGCUGGAGCGAAGGAAACCUCAGCUGAAGACACAGUUGGUCUGGAUCGGCGCCCAGAAAGAACCGGGACUCACUUCCAGGACGUGGAAAUGGGUUGAUGGCGAAUUAGUAUCAAAACCGACAUGGGGCAAAGACCAGCCGAACAAUUACAACGGCGAACAGAACUGCGUGGUCCUGGACGGUGGAAGAGCCUGGUUGUGGAACGACGUAGGCUGUAACCUGGACUAUCUGCACUGGAUCUGCCAGUACCUGCCUCCCUCUUGUGGAAGUCCGGAUAAGCUGCUGAACACGACGAUCGAAGGGAACAACUACCAAGUGGGAGCUUCUAUUGCUUACCGAUGCCCUGAAGGUCACAUGCUUCUCGGAGACAAGACUCGAGAGUGCAAGAAGGAUGGCUUCUGGUCUGGAACUGCUCCUAGCUGUAAAUAUGUGAACUGCGGUGGGUUGACGCCAAUUCAAGAUGGUGAGGUGACAUUGGUUGACGGGAAGACCACUCACGGAGCUAAGGCGGUAUACUCUUGCCGAGAGAAUUAUACGCUGGUUGGAGAAGAAGAGCGGACUUGUGGUGACGAAGGCAUUUGGAGUGGGGAAGCUCCCAAGUGCCUCUUCGACUGGUGUCCUGAUCCGCCACCAGUUACUGGUGCCGUUGUCAGCGUUGAAAGUCAGAAGGCUGGAUCCCUCGCUACUUACAGCUGCCAGAAUGGCUUCAUACUAUUUGGGUCACCGAGCGUGACCUGUACUCUGGGAGGCUCUUGGGCGGGCACUCCACCGUCUUGCAAGUACGUGGACUGCGGCACUCCAGCUCAAGUCCACAAGGGCUCCUUCUCUCUGCUGAACGGCACCACGACUUACGGCUCCAUAGCUCAGUUCAACUGCGAACCUGAUUACUGGCUGGAUGGCGCUGAAGUCCUUGUUUGCAACAGAGAUGGAAAAUGGUCACAUGAUAUACCUUCUUGUGAGCUGAUAUACUGCCCGAACCCCAAAGUUCCUGCCGGCGGUUACAUGGAGGCUUACGACUAUAAUGUCCACUCGACCAUAGACUUCCAUUGCGACAAGGGGCAUAAACUUGUUGGAGAGCAGAGCCUUACGUGCCAGCAAGACGGCGAAUGGUCCGGGGACUGGCCUAAAUGUGAAUAUGUGGACUGCGGCAAGUUACCAUCCCUGCCAUAUGGUUCAGCCGACCUGCUCAACGGUACCACUCAUUUGGGCAGUAUCAUUCAAUACUCGUGCACCACUAACUUCAGACUGGUGGGUCCAGUCAGGAGGGUCUGCACUGAAGACUUCCAAUGGAGCGACUCCUCACCUAGAUGCGAAGAAAUCCGCUGCUCAGACCCCGUGGUACCAGAGAACAGUAUUGUAUCAGUGUCGAACAACGACCGCAACCACGGUCGCACGCUCAUCAGGACCGCAGCUACCACCAGCGUUGGCAACAGUUAUAGAAUAGGAGCGCAUGUGAAGUACCGCUGUGAGAGAGGGUACAAGGUGGUCGGCGAGAGUCUGUCGACCUGCGAGGAUAAUGGCCAGUGGAGUGGUGUUACUCCGCGUUGUCAAUACGUGGACUGCGGCGACCCGGGUCUCAUUCAGAAUGGCAAGGUGACGCUUGCGACCAACGCGACUUACUAUGGCGCGGCCGCGUUAUACGAGUGCCAUGAACAUUGGCAGCUCGAUGGCGUGUCCAGGAGAUUGUGCCAGGAUAAUGGCACUUGGAGCUCUGAAGCACCCGUUUGUAAAGAAAUAACGUGCACGGACCCCUCGAUACAGAUCAAGGGUAGCAUCGGUCUAUUGGUCGCCACAUCGACGCUGAGCAUCGGAGGGGAGGCUCACUACCGAUGUGAGCGAGGGUACGGCUUGCAAGGAAACCAGACGAGGACAUGCAAGCCUAAGGGACAGUGGAGUGGGGCUCCACCAGUUUGUAUACCCAUCGACUGCAAAACUCCCGGCACGAUCGAGAACGGUCGCAUAAUCAUCUCGAACAGUUCCACACUGUUCGGGAGUUCCAUCGAGUACCACUGCUUGCCACAGUUCCAGCGUGUUGGACCAUUCCUCCGCAAGUGCAUGGACGAUGGCAAGUGGUCUGGGGAGGAGCCCAGCUGUGUCAUCAUCACAAAUGAAGCAGCUGAGAACGGAACUCUCCCACUCAGUGUUGGCGUUGGAUGCGGCGUGGUCCUGUUCUUACUGAUGCUGCUUGGAGUUAUUUAUUUGAGGCUACGCAAAGCCACCCCAGUAAAGAAUACGGAGAACAUAGAAGGUGCGGAGCGCAAGGAAGAUCAAAACGCCGCGGUCAUGAGCUACGCAACGCUCCACGACACGAACGGCAGACAUAUCUAUGACCAUGUCUCCGACAACGUAUACGACUCUCCUUACAGUGAGAGGAUCGCCGACAACGUCGCGUACGGCAGACGAAGCGACACAGACUCGGCCUAUGAGCCUGAACCCACGGGCCCGAGCGCCGUCGUCACCAUCAACGGAGUUGCCGUACGCUGACCGGCGACAGACACCUUGUGGCUCGAAAAACUUUUUAGGUAACCAAAUCCGACGCUUAAUUGGUGAUCCUCAGUGUAAAUGUUACCUGUAAAUUUUUCCCUUUAAAGUGGUUACCAUUGACUCGAGUGUUCAAACGAUACUUUAGUUUUAGGGUUAGAUUAGAAUCCCAUUGCUAGUUGAUCACCAACCCUUACUAGGUAUUGUACCAAAGAUGUAAAUGUGUUGGAUUCGUGUGAUAAUUUAAGACUGCAAUUCUAAUAUAUUAUAUUGUUUUCUUUUGUAAAUCACGAUUUCAUUUUGGUUAAAAUAGUGAGGCUUUAUCAUUAAACUAAUUUUAACGAUAAACCCUCGCCGUAUUCCUAUACUUAUCAGGUAGGUAUCUAACGCUUUUCUACUUUUAUUUCAAAAUGACUGCAAACGGGUGCAAUCAACAAAGUACACGUUGUAUUUAUUUUAUCAAUCUAUUUCAGAAAAAAUCUAGUCUGUCUAAAACCAGAUUUCUUUGAACCGCUUUGAAUUGCAGUCUUAAAUAUUGUGUACUUUUUGUUUGUUUUUAUGUUUUUAAACAAAAUCUUUACGAUACGAACAAAGAAUUUUAUUAUAUUUAGGUAUAAAUACAAAUAUAUAUUUAGUUAAAAAUGUAUUUAUUAUUAUUAUUUAACGAACGAUUAGAAUUUGAUGCCAAAAUAAUUCUGCUAAUAAUGAAAUGCUUUUGUACACGCGGUAAAUUAGGGAAUAUUAGUUUAUAUUCUUAUUGUUCCUUUUGAAUUAUAUAGACUCUUAAUUAAUUGGGAUAUUCUAGUAGAUUAUUUUUGUUUUCAGAAUUAUUACUUAUGGUAUAAUCGUGGUGUUAGACGGUGAGGUACUAACUUUCACGUGCUUAUUCCGUGUUGCUUUACUUAUGUUUCACUUAUUGUUUUGUAAAUAGUACUUAGGUUAGUUUUAAUCUUAAGUAAUUCGUAGUUAUCAAAUGCCUGUAAAAAUCUAUACAUUACUUACUACGUCAACCAUUGUAAAUUAUAAUACUUACCUAGAUACGUAGGUAUAUCUACCUGCCUAAAAUAAAAAGCGUAGAGAGCACGAUUGAAUUGAAUAAGUAUUUAAAUUAUAUUUCAUUACGCUUUGUAAACGAAUAGAUAGGUACUGAACUUUUUUAUUUCCACAAUUGUUAUUUUUCACGAGGUAUCACAAUAUUUGUAAUUAGGAUAACUGCUCAAUAUUAUGCAGUCUGGAAAGAUUUGGAUAAAACCCUGAUCUGAGCAUGCCUGUAUAAUCUAUAUAUAUAUAUCUAUAUAUUAUUAUAAUCUAUCAAACAUUUUAUUACUUUGACUAUCCCUAUAUUAUAAUGAUCUCGAUGAAAAUUAUGGCCAUUUCUACCGCUAACCACGAGUAAAACUGCCAUUUCCUAUAUAAAAUAUAUUUUCGAGUGAUACCUAUGUCACAGACAGGAACAUUAAACUAAUAAUUUUAUUAAGUGUUCAUCAGAAUAAACAGUAAUAUUUUUGUUAUAUUUUAUACUAUGUACAAUAAUUUCAACUUAAGACAGAUUCGUUAAAUAAAUGUUCUGAAUGUGG